GUGGUUCUGGAGUUCAUCAGAUGAAAUGGAUAAUAAUGGGCCUAAUGGCAUUACUAAAACCUGCAAAGAUUUAGAAGAUUCAACAAAUGAUGUUGGUUUAUCCAUUGAGUCGGAUAAAAAAGAGUUGACCGGAGUAGAGGAUCAGAGGACGAGUAAUUUAGAAGUACCUAGUAAUGCUGAUGAACGGUCUGAUGCUGGUUUUUCCGAUGAAUUAGAUGGAUGGAGGACAAGUUCUUCGUCUCAUUCGGAUGAUUGUUUGACUCCAGUAAUGAAAAAUCAGAGAACACAUCCACUGCAGUCUCCUUUAGUUUUGGAGAGUCCCGAGUCAAAUGAUCAGAGUACUAAUGCUCCACUUCGUCCUCGGAGAGGUUUGGAGCACUCUAUUACUGCACCUGUGACUAUUCACAGAAGUCUUUUCCUUGAAGGACAGGAUAUGGCAUUUGCAAGAUCUUUGACUGAGAGGAGGGAUAGUCCAAGACAUAAUCUAAUAUUGGAUAGACUUUCUGAACGUGAAAAGCAAAAGCUCAUUGUGGAGAUGGUAAGGAUACAAAGGGAUGGAACUGUGGAGGUUGACCUUACUAAGAGUACACCUGUAACUUCUGAAUUGUUGGAGCUACGAUCCGUUGAAGGACCCAUCACUACUGUAGACAGGAUUAUCACGGAUUUUAAUAAGUCAGUUCCAAAGUUGAAAAUUGCGGUGCUUGUUGUUGGAACCAGGGGAGAUGUUCAACCAUUUUUGGCUAUGGCCAAGAGACUUAAGGCUUUUGGUCAUCGUGUCAGGCUGGCAACUCAUUCUAACUUCAGCGAUUUUGUCAAAUCAGCAGGCAUGGACUUCUACCCAUUGGGUGGUGAUCCUCGGAUAUUGGCAGGAUAUAUGGCCAGGAACAAAGGUCUCAUUCCUUCUGGACCAGGAGAGAUAUCUGUACAGCGAAAGCAGAUAAAGGCUAUAAUUGAAUCUCUUCUUCCGGCUUGCACUGAGCCAGAUACUGAAACUGGUGAACCUUUCAGAGCACAAGCGAUUAUUGCAAAUCCUCCUGCAUAUGGACAUGCACACGUUGCUGAAGCUCUUGGGGUACCCCUCCACAUCUUCUUCACAAUGCCCUGGACGCCAACUUAUGAAUUUCCUCACCCGUUGGCUCGUGUACCUCAAGCUGCUGCGUACUGGCUUUCCUACAUAGUUGUGGAUUUACUGAUCUGGUGGGGCAUAAGAAGUUACAUCAACGAGUUUAGGAAAAAGAAGCUAAACCUUCCUCCUAUCGCCUACUUCAGUACGUACCACGGGUCAAUUUCUCACUUCCCAACUGGCUACAUCUGGAGUCCACAUGUUGUGCCAAAGCCUAAAGAUUGGGGCCCUUUGGUUGAUGUUGUUGGCUAUUGUUUCUUAAACCUUGGGAGCAACUACCAACCUUCAGAAGAAUUUGUCAAGUGGAUCCAAAAUGGGUCUAAACCUGUAUAUAUUGGGUUUGGGAGCAUGCCUCUUGAAGAUUCCAAGAAAACUACAGAUAUAAUUUUGGAGGCACUGAAGAAUACUGGGCAGAGGGGAAUUCUUGAUCGAGGUUGGGGAGAUCUUGGUACUAUUCAAGAGAUUCCUGAAAAUGUUUUCCUUCUCGCGGAGUGCCCUCAUGAUUGGCUUUUUCCUCAAUGCUCAGCUGUGGUUCAUCACGGUGGCGCUGGAACCACAGCCGCGGGACUACGUGCUGGGUGUCCAACAACUAUAGUACCAUUCUUUGGCGAUCAAUUCUUUUGGGGCGAUAGAAUUUAUGAAAAGGGACUGGGACCUGCUCCAAUUCCUAUAUCACAGCUUAGUGUGGAAGGACUCUCUGAUGCGAUAACAUUUAUGCUCCAGUCUGAUGUGAAAUCCCGAGUAAUGGAACUAGCUGUAUUAUUAGAGAACGAAGAUGGUGUUGCAGGUGCAGUUGAUGCUUUCCACCAGCAUUUGCCUUCAGAAAUACCGUUGCCAACCCCACCACCUGAGGAAAACGAUGGUCCAAAUCCGUUGCAGUGGCUUUUUACAAGGAUUGGAAAAAUCUGUUGCCUGUCUUGUGGGACUGCAUUAUAGAAUAGUAUAGUUUAUGUUAUUUCAUAUUUUAUUUAUUAAUUGUUUGUAUGGGUUCAGCAUAUCGUUCAUUUUUUUUUUCAGGGUCCUCUUCUCUAGGCUUGAAAAGAAAUAAGGCAAGUUACAUGGUUGAGCUUUAUAUAUUUAUUAGGUUUUUCAUAGUGAUGCUUGUAAUUAUCACCAUGCGCUUGAUUUCAGAGGGAAAUGUUCUCUUUUUGUCCCCUCCCCCCUCUUUUUUUUUUUUUGGGGUAAUAGAUAGAAGAUUCGUUGGUUGGUA